AUGGCAAAUUACUAUGAUAUUGAUGACAUUUUGGUGGAGGAAGAGAUUGUGUCGGUUAUAUUUAAGAAGGAAGCAUCUGGAGUGGGAAUAGAUCCCAGUUCUGAGGCAGACUUUAUUGAAGUGGAUUCAAAAGUUGAACUGCCUUUUUGGCUGGCUCAUGAGUUGCAGUUGAGACAAGCAGUAUCAGUCAAUGUCCCCCCUUGUUUCAAUCAAAAAACAAGACUAGAGAUCCAAGCUGAUUGUGCAUGUGUGGAUAUAAGGUCCAGAUGUCCAUACUUCUAUGAAUUUGGUUGCAAGAUAGCACCCAUAGUUGGCGAUAGAACCAUCGGGGUUUUGUUGUUGUCUGCAUUUAAGAAUAGGUACAAGGAGAUCCUCACAAAGGCACACACUGCAGCAAUUGCCGCUGGUUCUAAAUUUUGGACUAUUCUAACAAAUGAGGAGAUCAAUUUGUAUGAGACAGCUCAGUCCGCAAUGGCAUCCUUCAAGAAGUGGCGAAUGGGGGGUCCCAGAUUUCAGAUAGCUUCUAUUCUUGGAAGAAAGAGAAAACCAGCUGAAUAG